AUGGCAGAGCCGCAGCCGGCACAGCAGCAACCCGCUCAGGGGCAGGCGGAGGAGGAUCGGGGGCCCACGAUCUUGCAGCGGCUCCUCAAUGUCGGGAAGCGCUGCCUGGGGCAAUUCGCCAAGUCCUCGCCGCCCGAGCCCAACCCCGAGGUGAACGCCUAUCUGCAGUCCAUUAGCAUUCAGCAGAGGCAUUUGCUGAAGAUUUACAAUGUCUUCCAUGCCUUAAAGGACCUCGAGGAGGACGAUUCCUUCUACACAGCGGUCUACACCGUCAACUCUGAGGUGCUGCCGGUGCUGAUCGAGGAUCGCCGGAAGUGGGUCUUGAAGUUGCUCCGCUGCAUCUUGAAGCUGGGCGACUGUGAGGAGGAGGCCACGUGGGACAAGUUCCUCUGGGUGAUGUUGCGCUUCUGCUCCUUGAAUCGGGUCGAGCUGGCGCAGACCUUGUUCUUGUGCAUCCUGCGGAUCCGCGAUAGCACCACCUAUCACUACAUCAGAUACUACGAGCUGGGGGAGUUCUUUGCGAUCUACCGCAACUGCCCCGUGAAGUCCUUCGACACGGCAGAGAUCAACUUCGACCUGCUGCCCACGCGGCGCUACUACGCCAGUGACUUCGCGGAGCUGCUGAUGAGAUAUCCCAUCUUGCUACAUCCUAUCCUUCAUUUGCAACAGUGUCUCCAAUCCAAGCUCCCCGGGCUGGACUUCUGGGACAACAGCACCGAGUCGGUGUCCUUCUGCCGGAAGAUCACCUUUGAUUUCUUCCUCAUGGAGACUGGCCGCAUCUUCCUCCGCGGGGAGCCGCCCUUUCGAGAAACCUGCGACAUGCUCUGCCCCGAUGCCCUGGGCGCUGUGCCGGUGAACCAGGACCAGUGGAUCCUGAGAACCUGCUUCGCCAAGAACGGCCAGGGCUUGGCGCAGAUCUUCGUGUGGGGCGAGCAGCCGCUGCCGGAGGUCAUCGAACUCAAGCAGAUGGCCAAGGAGGAAGAGGAGGAACGAGAGAGGAUUCGCCUGGAGAAGGAGAAACGAGAAGAGGAGGAAGGCAUGGAGAAGGAUCUCCCCAAGGAACGGCGGAAGGGCUCCAAGGAGCCCGGCUCCAAGGAAGAGGUGAAGUUGGAGGACAUGACGGAGGAGGACGCCAAGAAGCAUCGCCAGAUCCAAGCCAUGGAGAAGGCCAAGCGGGAGGCGCAGAGCAAGAAGGACCGCAGCGUGAUGCAGACCACGCUGGACAUGACCGCGCUCACGCGCACGGCGGCCACCAUGGACGAGGAGUUCGCCGCCCCAGUGGACCUCCUUCCGCCCGCGUGGAUGAAGCACUGCACCAUCGCCCCGGCCCAGCAGAAGGGCACUGAUCCUCCGUUGCCCGUGGUGCUGAAGCAGCCAGCGAAGGUGACCUACCGACAGACGACGGAGUCGGACCGGCGGAAGCUCCAGAGGGCCAAGCGGGGCAAGGAGGAGGAGGAGGAUGAAGAGGGCGAAGGCGAAGGCAGCGAAGAGGACCGCGAGGACCGCCCCGACAACCCCUGA